GUGUUUGUCUGAAGCAUGCUGUCUCCCGUCUCAGAGGAACCGCUGCUGCUGGCUGAGCUCAAGCCCGGGCGCCCCCACCAGUUCGAUUGGAAGUCGAGCUGCGAAACCUGGAGCGUGGCCUUCUCCCCAGAUGGUUCGUGGUUCGCGUGGUCUCAAGGACACUGCAUCGUCAAGCUGAUCCCCUGGCCGCUGGAGGAGCACUUCAUCCCUAAAGGGUUUGAAGCCAAAAGCCGGAGCAGCAAAAAUGACACAAAAGGGCGAGGCAGCCCAAAGGAGAAGACUCUGGACUGUGGGCAGAUUGUCUGGGGUUUGGCCUUCAGCCCGUGGCCUUCUCCACCCAGCAGGAAGCUCUGGGCACGCCACCAUCCCCAGGUGCCAGACAUCUCUUGCCUGAUCCUUGCUACAGGACUCAAUGAUGGGCAGAUCAAGAUUUGGGAGGUGCAGACAGGGCUCCUGCUUUUGAAUCUUUCCGGCCACCAAGAUGUUGUGAGAGAUCUAAGCUUCACGCCCAGCGGCAGUUUGAUUUUGGUGUCAGCAUCUCGGGAUAAGACUCUUCGCAUCUGGGACCUGAACAAACAUGGUAAACAGAUCCAGGUGUUAUCGGGCCACCUGCAGUGGGUUUACUGCUGCUCUGUCUCCCCGGACUGCAGCAUGCUGUGCUCUGCAGCUGGAGAGAAGUCGGUCUUUCUGUGGAGCAUGCGGUCCUACACGUUAAUCCGGAAGCUAGAGGGCCACCAAAGCAGUGUUGUCUCUUGUGACUUCUCACCUGACUCUGCCUUGCUCGUCACGGCUUCUUACGAUACCAACGUGAUCAUGUGGGACCCCUAUACUGGCGAGAGGCUGAGGUCACUCCACCACACCCAGCUUGACCCCCCCAUGGACGACAGCGAUGUCCACAUUAGCUCCCUGAGGUCCGUGUGCUUCUCUCCCGAAGGCUUGUACCUCGCCACGGUGGCGGAUGACAGACUCCUCAGGAUCUGGGCCCUGGAACUGAAAACUCCAAUCGCAUUUGCUCCUAUGACCAAUGGUCUUUGCUGCACAUUUUUUCCACAUGGUGGAGUUAUUGCCACAGGGACAAGAGAUGGCCACGUCCAGUUCUGGACAGCUCCGAGGGUCCUGUCCUCACUGAAGCACUUAUGCCGGAAAGCCCUUCGAAGUUUCCUAACCACCUACCAAGUGCUAGCACUGCCGAUCCCCAAGAAAAUGAAAGAGUUCCUCACAUACAGGACUUUUUAAGCCACGCCCCAUAGUCUUAUACUUGUUCUCUUGGUAGCAGGAUAAACCUCCCUGGCAGGGGAGCAGCUGGAACCAGGGGCCAGUUAUCAGGUCUUGGCUCCGAAGAUCAUUUCUUUUUGGGACUGUGAACAGAAUGUAGGGAAACCAGAUACCAGUGGACUAGUCACCAGGGAUUUUCUCCGUGACAUGGGGAGGUCAGUCACAGAGGGGGACUCCGGCUCCGCGACAGCUGAGCCUUCCCUUAAACCCUGAGUCCACUUACAGACGGCAGUGCCCAACACCUUUUAAAGUCAUGGUUUUGAUUCAAGCGCAGUUACUCAUGUUGAUUCGGUAAGAAGGGUCAGCAGGCCUCAGGAGCCUCUGUGUCGGGGCGGAGUUGGGUCCCUCGACUGGCAAGCGUGGCUUCUGCCCCGCACUUAAGCGUUGUCGUGUUUCACACACAGUGGUGACACUGUUCUGAAGUUCUCUCCUGUGUCAGAGUGGCUUUGAUGUUGGCAAGUGCCGUCCUUCCUCUGGCUCCCCUCUGACCGGCAGGACAAAAUGCAGGACAAAGUUUUCACGGAGCCGUGUGCCAUGAGGUAUUGACUAAAUUGCAGCUGACUCAGAGGCCGUGCUCCCGACUGAUACACUAUAAAUGGCUUUUUUUUUUUUUUUUUUUUUUUUUUUAUAAACAGUGGUGUGCAUGUGCAGGCGAUGACAGAUGUGUAUGUCCGGUCCCACACAGAUGUCCCCCUAAACUGCAUGACUGUUCAGAUGGCCACCACGUUGGCAGGUGUUUGCCAUUUGUAGCAUAUUUAUUUGUAUUUUCUCAGCAGAUGUUAAGGUACAACUGUGUUUCCCUCCACGGUAUCUAAAAACCAUAGUUGUUAAGCUGACCAGUUGUGAAGAUGUCUCUUCUUGAUUGUGUAGAGAAUUGGUGUGGCUGCCCCUUCGGCUGAUUCUCGUGUACGCGGUCUUCCUCUGCUGCGUCACCUCAUCGGACUCCUCAGCCGGUGUCACCUCCGCCCCUUCACAGAAAUAGCUCCUUGAAAGUACUGUUCUCCUUCCUUCAGUGGCGUGUCAUUAUCUGAUCAAGACACCUGAUUCCAAUGAAAUCUGCCUUUGGAAAAUUUAAUAUAUUUUAAAUUAUUUUAAAAGAAACACAACACCUUAUCCUUUGGCUUUCUUACUAGGUGCUUUUUUGGAGGCCAGUGUAACAUUAUAAAACUUGUUGCAAAAGUAGGAGAGUCCCCCCUACCACCUUUGUUGCCGAAGAAAAACAUUUCUUUUCAAGAUGAGAGGCUUCCAUCGAAGGGAAAGUUAAAAAGCUUUUGGCUCACCGUUUCAUUUUUUCCACUAAGAAAAAAAUACCACCUCUCAAACCAAGUGAGUACAGCAGGACAGCGGGGAAUGGCUGGGGCCAAUUUUCAAUUUUGUGGUUAUCUUGAAAUGUCACAGCGUAGUCUGAGAGGCUCUGGGCGGCUUCCCCGAGGCCCCACUUUGCCAUUAGCUGCAAACUUUGCUUGGUGUCCUCGGGGAGUGGGUUGAACGCGAAUGAUGGAAGUAACCAACUUCUCCCUUUUGAAUAGUGUAAGAACCUGACACCUUUGUAAAGAAUAGCCUCCGAGGAGAGCUUAUUCUGUGAUACCAGAGAUGGGGGAGGCUUUUCACAUAGAUGCAAGUUGAAUGACCGCGUGUUUAUAAUCGGCGAAGGAGUCACUCGUAACACGGCCAACACGCAAGCUGCUUUAUUUUUAUUGAGAAGAACACUAUCAUAAAUGCAGCCUGUUUGCUCUAAAAUAAACUGCCACACUGCACAGGGCCUCGUCCUUGCGGCUUCGGGUCCGGCCCACGCUUGCCUGUCCUCCUUGCAUUAAGGAGGGAGUCCUAGGCCUGGCCCCCAUGGGCACAAAGUGACUCUUCACUGUCCACACCGCAGUUAGGAACCUACUUUAAGAGGAGAAAUAGACACUUUUCAAGUAAGGGAACCUGAGGCCCUGUGCCUCAGGUUAAUGGGCCAGAAAUCCAUUAACACCUAUUUUUUUCUUCAUUAACACCUUUAUAAAGUAGAUAUGGAGAUGGUGCCACAGAUUAGAUUUACACACUUGAUUCUGGAGAUGUUCAGUUUACCUUGAGUAAUCGAAGACACUGGUACCACAUGAGAUUUGGAAGCCUUUUGUUCUAGACCAAAAUGGGGUAGGCCAAUUUCCUGCCAUCUAAGCAAUCGAAUGGUAAAAAGCCUUAAGGCUAAAAGAAAGCAUUUUACUCUUUUCCUGUAAAACAAAUGGGCAGUGCAAUAAGAGAGCUGUAUAUUAAAACUGUUUGGUAUAUACCUGCUCCAAACACAAACAUGGUACUUUUUAAACCUUUGCCCACCCGUGUCUGGAACAGUUUUCCAAAACGCGGGGUGACUGUGGCUUCAUCCCCCAGCCCGCACAGCAGUUCAUCCCGUGUCAGAGUCCCCUCUUCUCCAGUCACUGUGGGGCCCGCGAAUGGUGGCGGAUGGUCCUCAGCAUUUAGGCCUCUGUGACGAUCAGGUCCCUGGUGACCUGGAAAGCGGCUAUGAGGGAACUCAGCUGAAUCUUCUCGUUGGUGCCAACAGAAAGUCUGUACCUAAAAGAAAUCAAACAAGGUAAGAAUAGAGAAUAUCACGGACAGCUACCUUUUGACAAGAGAACAGUAGAGAUCACAGACGGAACAUCUGCCGAAGGAGGAAAGGAGGCAGUAAAACUUCAUCGUGAACAGUCCUCUUGAAUGUGUCCCCUAACAUUUUCUUCUCUGCCCUGAACACUCAUUUAUAAUUCGAUCCAAACUGGUGAGGAAAAGUUAAAUAAAAAAAUUGUUAGUUGUCAA